AUGAAGAACCAGAAUCCAUUUUCUUCAGGUGGGUGUGGGAAGUCCAUGAAUAUUAUCGCCCCAUUGUCACUUGUUAAACUCCUGUUUGGUUUAUUCUUCUUCGUUUUCGGGUUAACUUUUGGGAUAAUUCUUUGUUUCCAUUACAAGAGUUUCUCUCUCAAUCUACUUUUUACCAAUGGCAAACUCUCUAUUUUCUCUUCACAAUCAUCAGCAUCAGCAUCAUCAUCGUCAUCAUCUGUAUCAACCCCUCCAGUAAUGAGUACUUCAAAUACAAGUACUUAUGAUCCAGAGCCACCUAAUGUUAUUAUGCAUAACAUGAGUGAUGAAGAAUUGCUGUGGAGAGCCUCGAUGACUCCAAGAAUACAAGAAUUUCCGUUCAAACGACGUCCCAAGAUUGCAUUCAUGUUCUUGAUUAGAGGACCGAUUUUGUUAGCCCCUCUGUGGGAGUUAUUCUUCAAAGGAAAUGAAGAGCUAUACUCAAUAUAUGUGCAUUCUGAUCCAGCUUUCAAUGAAUCAGACCCUCAAGGUUCAGUUUUUUAUGACAGGAGAGUUCCUAGUAAGGUAUACGAUCUGCCUGGCCCUGUUGGUCGAGGAAGGUACAGCAUCCUAAUGCAGCCAUUGAUCAAGCUUGAGCAAUGGAGAAAGGGCUCUCAGUGGUUUGAAAUGGAUAGAAAUCUUGCAAUUGAAGUUAUAGCGGACAAUACUUAUUUUCCAGUUUUUCAAAACUAUUGCAAUGGUUCAUGUUAUGCUGAUGAGCAUUAUUUGCCAACAUUUGUGAGCAUGAAAUUUGAAGGAAUGAAUUCAAAUAGAAGUUUGACUUGGGUUGACUGGUCCAAGGGUGGGCCCCAUCCUUCCAAGUUUAUAAGGACAGAUGUUACUCCAGAGUUUUUGGAGAAGUUAAGGAGUGGAAAUUCAUGCGAGUACAAUGGUAAGAAUACUAAUGUUUGUUUCUUGUUUGCAAGAAAAUUUACACUCGAUGCUUUGGACAGAUUGUUGAGGUUUGCACCAAUUGUUAUGCACUUCAACAGUUAG